AUUUCAGUUUUGAGAGAUUAUUUGGCCGAAUUUUGAAUUGUUUUUGUUCUAGAAAUGAGCUCUCGCAAGAAGGCUUCAAGCGAAGUUUAUGUUCCACCCGGGAGACGCAGCGAAGGUGGAAGCUCGAACGGAGGAACGCCGUUAAAAAAGGAAGCUCCUGAGACAGAUGAUGUAGUGCCACCGAAUUGUUGUGAUGAUGAAGAAGAGAGAGAAACGAAAUAUCAGAAUUUAGAACAGCAAUUUGGAGCAAUUGCAAUUGGAAGUUCGAGUUCGUCAAACUGGAGGAGCCAAAUGAAUCCGACAGGUCUUAGCAAAGAGUUCCAGGAGAUGAACAUUGCCCGACGAAGCGCAGGAAAAACUGAUUUGCUACAAAAGAGCACACGAAGGCUCGGGGGAUCCAAAAAUCAAAAUAAUGAACAGGAUGUAACUUCAAGCGGUGACAUCAUUGAUUAUUUUCUCCAGCUGAAUGUUCCAUAUAUCGAUUCACAUUGUCAUACAGAUUACAUGUACACAUCUUUGGCUCGCCGCAAGACGAAUAGCAACGAAGGUCUUCUCGAUUGGAUCGAGAAAUACCCAAGAGCAUUUCCAAAAUGUUUCUUUGGACUCAUUGCCAACUUCAUUAAACCAGAUUUAUUUGUUGAUGUUAAAGGAAAUUCUAGUUACGAUGUUGAAUGGAUUGUAAAAGAGCUCGCAUCGCCAUUAUAUUUAGGAACUACAUGGGGUUGUCAUCCUCACUUCGCGCAACAUUGGGGAAGAAUGGGUGUUUUCUGGACCACAAUGGAAUAUAUUCUAUCAGAUGCAGAAGAAUGGAAAGUGUUAGCUGUCGGAGAAUGUGGAAUCGACUUACAUCGCUGUGAAUCAGAAUUAGAAGUACAAAAAGAUGUAUUUGAGAAGCAUGUUGCACUAGCUUUCAAGUUCAAACUCCCACUUGUAAUUCAUUGUCGGAAUGGAAGCAAAGGCCGGGCUGAGGAAGAAUGUUUGCAGAUUUUGAAAAAGAAAAUGGACGUAAAUCAUAAAUUUCUGAAAAUUCAUCGACACUGCUUCACGGAGAAUUGGGAAGUUGCACAAAUGUGGCUGAAACAAUGCCCUGAUGUGCAUUUUGGAUUCACGCCAGCUGUAUUCACAAUGGGAGCUCCGCAAAUUCAAGCCAUCCGAAACAUUCCACUCGACAGGAUUCUUCUCGAAACAGAUGGACCCUACUUUAAACCAAAAUGCUACGAUGGAGUUGCUCCUCCAAAAGUUUGUCUACCGGGAAUGGCGAUUGCUACAGCUUCGAAAAUAGCGGAAAUCAAAAAUCUUCCAAUAGAAGAAGUUCUCAGAGCCACAUUCAACAAUACGAGACGCGUAUAUCAGUUACCUGUUUAUUAAUUGAUCUCAUUUAUAUCUCUUCCUGUUUCGUUUUAUUUCAACUGCACUGUAUCUCCACUUGUAUCUUGUUCUAGAUCGCGUUUCUCUCUCAUUCCAGAAUAAUUUAUAAUCAAGUAUUAUGUUUUGUUACUUUCUUAUUUCUUUUAUUCUUUGAUUUAUUCCUAAUAAUUAAAAAUUUAUUCAAUAUUC